UCUUGACCUGACUGCAGUUUGGCAACGUAACCGACUUCAGUGGGCCGAAUGCUCACCUUUGAUGGCCACUGGCACGCUGGAGAAGUGUGCUCUUCACGGAUAAAUCCCGGUUUCAACCGUACCGGGCAGACAGCAGACAGCAUGUAUGGCAUUGUGUGGGCGAGUGGUUUGCUCAUGUCAACGGUGUGAACAGAGUGUUUCAGCAUGAUAAUUCACAGCCCCAUGUCGCAAGGAUCUGUACACAAUUCCUGGAAGCUAAAAAUGGCCCAGUUCUUCCAUGGCAUGCAUGACACAACUGUGAAAAGCAUUGGAAUCAACAUGUGCCAGCAUCCCUGUGGAACGCUUUCAACUUGAGUGCAACGCAAUAUUAGGAAGUUGUGUACAGUCAGUGUAUCUACUGAGUAACUUUCACCUGAUCUAAAAGCACUUUCUCAACACUUUUUUGCAUAGGGGGUGGGGUGAGGGCAGUUAGGGGUUACAUAUUACAAUACCCCGAAAUUAUAAAAAUGUUGAAUGUGAAAUGUGUUAAAAUAUGUGAAUCACUGUGUAUCCUUUUCUAACAAACAUCUAUCAAGUGACAUGGAGUUAAUGUAGUACUUGUUUUAGUGGUGAUACACUAUUUUACUGAGACAUUGUUUAGUCACAUUUUCUAUUUACUAAUCUCUCUAUAGAGGUUUUCACAUCUGAUUAAAAAGAGUAAAUAUCAUAUUCUGAUAUCAUAUUCACAUUAUUCACUGAAAUACAUCAUUGAUUUCUAUGAGCAACCUACCGUAUACUGUGAGGUGUAAAUGAAAGCUGUAUCACUGGAACACAUCCAGGCCAACCCUUUUCAGACAGCCUGUCUCCGCCAAGCCAAGCAGACCCAUGCAUUUUCCUCAUGUAGACAUUUGUAAAAAGGUGCAAGAUUAAAGAGCAAUUCCACCCGUUUUCAACCUAAUUUUCACUGGUUUCGUGCUGGAGAUGAUGUAUAUGAGGUUGAAAAGUGUUUGAAAUGCCCUUGAAAAGUGCUGCUUGACUGAGAAAUGGGAGCAGUUAUGUCUAGGCUUAGGGUCAUUCUUACAUGACUAUUUUACACUUGCAUUACAGUCUCUUAUAUACAGUAAUAUACAGUUAUAUUACAAGGCAAGGACAUUCAGCCAAACCAGAAUCUGCGGCCCCUUUCUAUAAUAUAUAAAAAAUCAUCCAAACAAGGAAAGAUAUAGCCCCUUGGAUAAAACAAUAGUUUGACCACCUGACAAUGUAUUAAAUACAUAUGACUUGUAAUUUUGAGGUGUCAUUGUAGACUGCUGGCGUUUCAAAGUGAAAUGAUCUCCUAUGCGUCAAUGCUGUCUGAGACAAAACGAUGAGGGAGAGAAAGAGAUGGAGAGAGAGAGAGAACACAGGUGAGGACGUGCGCGUUGGCAGACAGUCAAGCCUACAGCUGAUUCUAUACAUUUUCAGCACUAUGGACAGUUCCAUUCUGCAGCGCGAGCAGACAGAGGGAGUAUAAAAGGUAGGAGCCGCGCUGCUUAUCCUGCACACACACACACGGCUGAGUUUACUGAGGCAAUAUGAGCCACAGAAUGGACUAUCGUUCAGGUUCUCCGCAUAGGGGACCUCAAGCUGGGUAUUCCUGCUAUCAACCCAAAAUGACCGGAUCCCCCUCUGCGUCCAGGACCGUUGGCUUUGAGUCGACUAUUGCAUAUAUGAACAGAGGCUAUGCGACGACGCUGAAGAGCGAAUUCGGAUCCGUUCCGAGAUCAUCGGAGAGCCUUUUCGAUUUAUCAGACCCAUUUACCGGGGUGUUGACGAAAAUGAAUGAGAAAGAACUGCUCCAUGGGCUGAACGACCGUUUCGCCGGAUUCAUAGAGAAGGUGCGUCAUUUGGAGCAUCAAAAUGAAUUGUUUGAGAGGGAAAUCGAGGAAAUCAAACUAAAGGCACAAUCCCCUGCGUCUCUGGCCCAGGAGCACGAGACGGAGCUCAUGGACCUGAGGAACCUAGUUCAUGACAUCACCCUUCAGAAGCGUCAGAUCGAGAUAGAGCAUCAGAACCUGGAGGAAGAUUUCCUCACCUUGAGAGACAAGUACGAGCAGGAGGCACGUGACCGCUCGGAUGCAGAGAAUGGCAUCCUUGUGCUGAAAAAGGACGCCAACGAUGCAUACCUCGCCAAACUUCAGUUGGACGAGAAAGCGCAGUCUCUGGUGGACGAGAUCCACUUCCUGAAGAAGAACCAUGAGGACGAGGUAUCAGAAAUGGUGGCCCAGAUCCAAGAGGCUCAAGUAACGGUCAAGGCGCACGACUUUGGCAAACCUGACAUCACUGCGGCUCUCCGGGACAUCCGUGUGCAGUUAGAAGGUCACGCCACCUCCGACUUUCAGCAGGCCGAGGAGGGCUUCCGUAUCCAGUUCGCAAAGUUAACCAAAGCGGCAGAGAGCAACAGAGAGGUGCUGAAGGCGACCCAGCAGGAGAUCCAGGAGAAUAGAAGGCGCCUGCAGGGGAAAACAAUUGAACUGGACUGUGGGAAAGGAAUGAGAAAGGCCCUGGAAAAACAACUACAAGAGCUGGAGGAGCGUCACUAUGCGGAAAUGAUUCAUUACCAGGACACUAUCAGGCAGCUGGAGAAUGAGCUGACCAAUGCUAAACUAGACAUGUCUGGCUACCUGAGGGAGUACCAGGACCUGCUGAAUGUCAAAAUGGCUUUGGAUGUGGAGAUUCUCUCUUACAGGAAACUCCUGGAGGGUGAGGAGUCCCAUCUGUACACCAUCUCUGACACCCACAUCUCCAUGCCCUGCAUCUACCGCCAGUCCCCCGUCUACACCCUGCCUUGCCUGGCCCGGCAGGGAGGGCCCACACGCAGGUCUGAGCCCCAGUACAAGUUUGUUGAGGAGAUCAUCACUGAGACCACCAGAGACAUGGAGAUGUCCGAGAUCGAGGAGACAGGCUCCGAGGAGACGGUCGGGGGAGAGGGAGACGAGUUGAGACAGAAGCAGGGAGAAGAGAGUGACAAAGCUGAGAGGAGGAGUGGGGAAGAGGUGGAUGAGCAGAAAGAGAAAGAUAGAGGUAAAGUGGAUGUUGAAGUGGACGCCCCGGAGGAAGAGGGUGAACAGGAGGAAGAGUCUAAGAGACAGCAGAUGGUAACAUCAGCAGAGGUCGAGGUAAAUGGAGAUGGAGUUAGCCCUAGCGAGGGAGAAAAUGGAGAGGACGGAGAGGAUGAAAGAGAGGAGGAAAAGGGGGGUGAGCCAGAUGCAAUCAAAAAGACAGAGGACAUUGACAGAGAAGAAAAUACACAAAGUGAAGUCAACUCAGCUGAGGCCACCAGUGAGGGAGAGAAGGAAAAUCUGGACACAACAGGGAAGCUAGACAGCGAGAUAAAGGAGACAUUAGAAAAAGAUGACACCCCAAAACAUGGCGAAUCCCAACCAGAGAUUCCCAUGAAUGGUGACAUCUCAACAGAACCCAAAACUUCAGAGUCAGAGGAUAGCAAAACAGGAAGUUCAAUAAAGGGUGAACCACAGGUCCCCACAGAGGACAUCUCCAAAGAACCCAAAAAGGUGUCAGAGGAGAGAGAAAAAGAAAGCCCUUUAAAAGAGAAAAAAGAGGUAGAUCUGAAAGAGGAGAGUGUUAUCAGCACAACAAGUGAGUGUAAGGAAGAGCCUGUGCAAAAGACUCUUAAAAAGGAGGUGGGUCCAACAGAGCCAGAAGUGAGCAGCAAGGAUGAUAUUGUAAAAAGUGUUGUGCAGAAUGAACAUAAUGGCAGUGAAAAGGUCACAAAAGAUGUCUCAAUGGGUGAGGAAAAAGGGAAAGAAUCUAAGACAAAACCAGACCCCACUGUGACCCCUAAAGAAGAAACAUCCCCUAAACCGGACCCCACUGUGACCCCUAAAGAAGAAACAUCCCCUAAACCGGACCCCACUGUGACCCCCAAAGAAGAAACAUCCCCUAAACCAGACCCCACUGUGACCCCUAAAGAAGAAACAUCCCCUAAACCGGACCCCACUGUGACCCCCAAAGAAGAAACAUCCCCUAAACCGGACCCCACUGUGACCCCCAAAGAAGAAACAACUCUGCAUCCAGAGCCAACUGUCACUCCUAAAGAGGAGACAUCCCCACAACAGGAGCCAACCAUAACCCCUAAAGAGGAGACAUCCCUUAAACCGGACCCCACUGUGACCCCCAAAGAAGAAACAUCCCCUAAACCGUACCCCACUGUGACCCCCAAAGAAGAAACAACCAGAGCCAACUGUCACUCCUAAAGAGGAGACAUCCCCAAUACCGGACCAAUCUGUCACCCCUAAAGAGGAAAUAUCCCCACAACAGGAGCCAACUGUAACCUCUAAAGAUGAGACAUCCCCUAAACCGUACCCCACUGU